UCACACGGCGCUGCUUACGCAACUCACAUAGGAACUUUAAGCAAGUUCUUGAAGAUUUCGUGUGCUUCUGAGAAAGCCAGAUAAGUUGAAAUACUAAUUUCAGGCAGUCACCUACCGUGUAAAGCUUUCGUGUAUUUCUAUUUCUCAUGAACAAGAACACCAAAUUCCUAUUUAAAGCUUACACAGAAAACAUGAUCAACUUCAAAUGUACGAGCGACGAUGUCCCUAAAUAAAUCUCGUAGGUCAGCAAAUCUGGCCGUCUGACUAGUGGUCAGUGUUUUCCGUGUCGUUGCGAUAAAGGAGGGGGUGGGUGGUUUCCGAGCCAGUGGCUCAGCUGGUCCCCAGGAGUGGGUGAAAAAGUUCUCAUCUCCUGAACCGCCUCUUCCUGGUCGCGACGUGUGAGCUCACGUGGGUCCCUCCGCCUGCUCGCGGAGGUACAGGCCGGCUGCGUUCCCGCCAGAUAUUUGAGUUUCGGUUUCCAGCAGUUACCGAGAGUUCUCCUUCCUGCGGUCUUUCCCCGAAGUCGAUUCUUCCCUUCCAGAGUUGAGAGCCACAGCUAUGGAAGGUCGGUGCGAAAGGCCACCGGCGUCGCGCGCUAAGAAGCCGGCUGCGAAGCGCACCACGACGGAGCACAACGGGACCGUGGCCGCCCGGUCCCACGCCGGAAGCAGCGGUCCGCGAAGGGGGGCGCGAUCGCGGGGCGCGGAGCCUGACGGGGACCCCACGGAGAAGCCAGCCACCCGAGCGCGACCGGGACAGGCGUCCAUGCGCAUCACGGACCUACGGUCCUCGGCCACCGGCGCCGCAGGAGUCGCCAAACAGCCCGCCUCCCCGGAGCUCCAGCCUCCCGCCAUCCAGCCUCCCGCCUCCCCGGAGCUCCAGCCUCCCGCCAUCCAGCCUCCCGCCAUUCAGUCUCCCGCCUCCCCGGAGCUCCAGCCUCCCGCGCACCCCGAGGCUCCUGAGGUCGCAAGCGGUCCUAGAGGCAGGAGAGGCGCGCGCUCCGUUGGGCAGCAGAGAGCGCCUCGGGCGUCCAGGAAGGCGCUAAAAGAGACCCCCGAGGGAAAACUCAAGAAUGUGCUGGAAAAAUUGAAGUUGAAACGCGAGAAGAUCUCGAAGGCGGCCGACGUAGUGAAUAAUAUCGUGAAGCGCCUGCUGUCCAGAAUGAAGAACCGUGAGUCAGAGUUCAAAGACGUGCAGCAGCUGAACACUGGCAGCUACUAUGAGCGUGUGAAGAUUUCUGCUCCUAAUGAAUUUGAUGUCAUGUUUAAGCUGGAAGUUCCCAGAAUCCUGCUGGAGGAGUAUCGUAACACUGGUGCUUUUUAUCUUGUGAAGUUCAAAAGAAUUCCAAGAGGAAAUCCUCUGAGUCACUUUUUAGAAGGGGAAAUAUUAUCAGCUUCCAAGAUGUUGUCAAAGUUUAGGGAAAUCAUCAAAGAAGAAGUUAAAGAAAUCAAAGAUAGCGAUGUCUGCGUGGAGGAGGAAAAACCAGGAAGCCCUGCUGUAACGCUUCUGAUCAGAAACCCAGAAGAAAUAUCUGUGGAUAUAAUUCUGGCUUUGGAAUCAAAAAGCAGCUGGCCUAUUAGCACCAAAGAAGGACUACCCAUCAAAAACUGGCUUGGCACAAAAAUGAGGACCAGUUUCAGACAAAAGCCAUUUUAUCUUGUGCCCAAGGAUGCCAAAGUUGACAAUAGUUUUCAAGGCAAGACAUGGCGCCUCUCUUUCUCUCACAUUGAAAAAGACAUUUUGAAAAAUCACGGGACAGAGAAAACAUGUUGUGAGGUUGGUGGAGUGAAAUGUUGCAGGAAAGACUGUUUAAAAUUGAUGAAAUACCUUUUGGAACAGUUGAAAAAAGAGUAUCAAGAACUAGAAGCAUUCUGUUCUUACCACGUGAAAACUGCCAUCUUUCACAUGUGGACUGAGCACCCACAGGACAGAGAGUGGGACCCCAAGCACCUCAGCAGAUGCUUUGAUAACUUUUUGACGUUUUUUGUCGAAUGCCUCAGGACAGAAAAACUGGUGCAUUAUUUUAUUCCAAAGUUCAAUCUAUUCUCUCAAGAACUAAUUGACCAAAAAAGUAAAGAAUUUCUGAUAGGGAAAAUAGAAUAUGAAAGAAACAAUGGAUUUCCAAUUUUUGAUAAGUUUUGAGAUUAUGCAUUUGUCUAUGUGUUAUAAUGUGUUCUUGUGGGUGUGUGUUUAGAACAGAGGUUGAUGCCAAAUGUCUUCCUUGAUCACACUUCACUUUUUUGAGACAGUCUGCCUCUGAACCCAGAGCUCAUGGAGGUGUCCAGGAUGAUUAGCCCGUGAGCUCCCAUGAUUCACCUGUCUGUGUUUCCCCAGACCUGGGAUCAUAGAUGGGCCUUACCUUUAUAGCUUUUACAUUGUUGCUGGGAUCUGAACUCAGGUCAUUAUGCUUGCAAAGCAGGUACUGUAUUCACUGAGCCAUCUUCCUAUCCUGAAAUUGUAUUUUGAGAUGAAAUUGGGUUAAAGUGCCUUAAGUCCAUUGUGGUGGUGUAUGCCUUUAGUCCCAGCACAAGAGAAGAAGAGGCAGAACAAAAUACCUCAAUGUGAUCCUUGGCCUGGGCUACCUCAAACCUACUUAAAACAAAGUACAAAGGGAGUUGCAGAGAUGGCUCAGUAGUGAAGAUCACUUACUGCUCCUUCAGAGGACUUGGUUCUGAGCACCCAAUGGCAGGUCAUAACUGUCACUCCAAUUCUAGGGAAUCUAGUCUGACCACUGCAGGAUCCUGCUUGCACCUGGUGCUCACACAUAAACACACAUACAAAAUAAAUAUUUUUUAAAAGUAGAAAAACUAGAAAAUGAAACUGUGAAAUGAUCCAUGAUAUGUUAAGUGUGUUGGCACUUACUUAUAAUCCUGGCACUUGAGAAGCUGAGGUAUGGGAGUUGCCACGAAUGCAAGGCCAGCCUGGGUUACAGAAUAAGAUCUUGUCUCAAAAAACAAAACAUCAAAAGCCAGCAGUAAUCCCUGUGAGUCACCGUGAGGUUUGGCCUGAGUCUGCUCAUCUAUCCUGACUUAGAAAGGUACAAUGGUUUUGUUUUUUUUUCUUUUGGGGGCUGGUCAGAACCUAAGGAGGCUUUCCUGGUAUUUGUGCUUCCUUUCUCUUUCUCUUGAAGUUCCCCCAGCCCCUCCACACACACACACACACACACACACACACACACACACACACACACACCAUAGACAAGGCUGCUUGUCUAUCAUGUGGCUCAUAGUUUCUUUGAAUGUAAAACAACCCCCCCCAAAUGUGAUUCUAAUAACUCAAAAGUUUGCAGAAGUGACUGAAAUGAAUACAAUUAUUUAGUUCUCAGUUUUUCAUAUAUUCACUCAAAUAUCAAGAUUAUAAAAAGUUAAGUGAUGAAAAUGAAAACCUUGCCAUUUUGGAAAAUAUACAUAUCUCCCCAAUUGAAUGCAUUAAGUAUGUAAUGAGUAUCACUUCACACCUACAGCAGUGAUACAGAAGUCUACAGAGGGUUGUGGGAGACAGUAUCAGAAAUGGUUGAUUUAGGCUUUGUUCAAAUACAGGAAAUGGACAUGGAAGCCGUGCCUGGUUCUGUCCUGUGUCCCAGGGUAGGAAAGGAAAGGAGAAUUGACUUCUGCGUCAUCUGUACUUCAGGUCCUUUACCAUGUGCGCAUAUGUAUGUAAUUUAUAUUUUAUUUAUUUUUGUUUCAUAUGUGUUUCUAUGAAAUCAGUGGUACUCAGCGCAGAGAAAUGGGUGUGGGACAGAGGCUGACUCACCAGGGUACUUAGUGCAUGGAUGGUCACAGGAGCCUCGUCCUCGUCUCUACAGUUGUUAGUUCCCUGUGUAACAAAUCAUGUCUACCAUAUAUGUUCUCUUUACUUUUUGGUAUCUUACAAUAAAUAAGAUUUAAAAAU